CUGAGUCACUAGCAUGACAGGUGUAAGCCACUAGUGUCCAGCCUGGUGUGGAGAAUGUUUAGAAGAAUUUAAAAUGCGAACAGUGAUGCCUACAACAAUGUUCUCAUUAAGAAGAAUGAGGUGAUUUCUAACAAUAUCUCCAGCUUGAUAUCAUGAAAGCGCAGCAGCAGUUUUGGGAAUUUUGAUCGUUUUCGGAAUAAUUCUGUAUCAAAACCAGAUGAUUCAAUUGAGGUACAUGAAGAGGAACCCAUAAAUGAAAGUGAAGAACAAACUAAAUCUCCUAAUAAUGGAGGAAGUCUGGGUAAAAAAAUGAGAGCCAUUUCAUGGACAAUGAAGAAGAAAGUGAGUAAAAAGUACAUCAAAGCCCUUUCUGAGGAAAAGGAUGAGGAACACGGAGAGAAUGCCCUCCACUAUCGGAAUAGUGACCCCCUGAUUGGGACCCAUACGGAGAAGGGCUUCCUCAAAGCCAGCGACUCCAUGGACAGUCUCUACAGUGGCCUGAGCUCAUCAAGUGGAAUAACUAGCUGUUCAGAUGGCACAAGUAACCGGAACAGCUUCCGACUGGAUGAUGACGUUCCUUACUCAGGACCAUUCUGUGGCCGUGCCAGAGUGCACACAGAUUUCACCCCAAGUCCCUAUGACAACGACUCUCUCAAAAUCAAGAAAGGAGACAUCAUAGAUAUUAUCUGCAAAACACCAAUGGGGAUGUGGACAGGAAUGUUGAACAAUAAGGUGGGAAAUUUCAAAUUUAUCUAUGUGGAUGUCAUAUCAGAAGAGGAAGCAGCCCCCAAGAAAAUAAAGACACAUCGAAGGAGUACAAGCGAAAUACCCAAGACUCUGAAGGAGUUCUUAGAGAAAAUCCACCUUCAGGACUAUACCUCAACACUUUUGCUCAAUGGUUAUGAGACGCUGGAAGAUUUAAAAGAUAUAACAGACAGUCAUCUCAUUGAAUUAAACAUUGCAGACCCAGAAGACAGGAUGAGGCUACUAUCAGCUGCUGAAAAUCUCCUCGAUGAAGAAAUCAUUGAAGAACAAGUAAAUGAAUCUGUGUCUUUAUGCAUAAGCCCAGACAUUUCCUCAAGUAAGUCACAGUUAGAUGACUGUCCAAGAGACUCUGGUUGUUAUAUGUCAUCAGGAAAUUCAGAUAAUGGCAAAGAAGACCUGGAAUCUGAAAGUUUGCCUGACAUGAUAGAGAAGAUUACUCUCACAGAAUCAAGUGAUUGAAUAUCUUCCUCAACUAUAUGUUCUAUUGAUACAUUCCUUUAUAGCUCUCCUUGAUCUACAAGGCAGAAAAGAAGAGAAUAUUUUGUAAAUACAAACCAAAUUAGAAUAUUUUAAUCUGAAUGCUGUACAUACAAGUGCAUACCUCUAACAUUCACAGGAGUUGUAAGUAAAAUGUACAUUUAUUAAAUGCUAUGUAAUUUGCAUAGAUUAGAAAAUAUUACAAUGUAAGGCUCUGAUAUGUAUUACACACACUUUCUAUUACAAACAUGAAAAUAUGAAAAUUUUCUUUUACACAAACCAGUUUUGAACAUGUGUGUAUUAGUAAGUUAAUAUUAAUGGAAGGUCUUUUGGUUGAACUGAUUUGUACAAGUAAUAUGUAUACUCAUUUUUGUUUUGUUGGGAAAUUGUAUUGAUAUUGGGAACUUUGUAUCCUUGACUUGGAGUAUUAGUAAAUUUUGUGUUGAUCUCUUUA